CUGCUGUUCGUUAUAUAGUCCAGAUGUUCUUCUGGAUUAUACAGUGAACAGGUUUCCAUGCAGACCCUCAGAGAGUUCUUCACCUUCUUAAUAGAACCUUUUAUUUAGGACCCCGUAACCAUAGAGACAAGAUUAAUAUAAACAUUAGGAUCUGUUGUAGAUGUUAAACUCCGUGUCCGUGUUUUUGUCCUCUGUAGGUUACUGUAGCUGCUGCUGUGUUUAAUUAGGGAUUGGCUCGGAUUAGUGGUGUGAGACCUUUAAUCCGUUUAAAUCGCAGAGACGCAGUGUGUGUGUGUGUGUGUGUGUGUGUGUGUGUGUGGGCCUUUAGUCCAAACUCUGAGUUCCAGAGACGAGACCUGAGUCCCAGUGACGGAGACAUGAGACAUGGACAGUGAGGAAGAGAAGGCGCGUGAGACGUCUCCUGAGAGACGGGAGGAGAGUGAGGAGAUGGAGGAUGAGGCAGGAGACGUGACGCGAGAGAAGGAGGACGGGGAAAGUGAGGAGGACGAGGCAGGAGACGUGAUGGGACAGAAUGAGGAUGAGGAAGGUGAGGAGGACAAGGAGAGGGAGGACGAGGAAGGUGAGGAGGACGAGGCAGGAGACAUGACGGGACAGAAGGAGGACGAGGAGAGAGGAGACGUGACGGGACAGAUGAAGGACACGGAGGAGUGGAACGGGUUUCUCUCGGGCGGGGUUACGGUGAGGGGACGAGGGGACGAGGUGGUGGUGGACUGGAAGCCUGGUGACCCCGUGACCCCUCAGUACGUCCUCACGCUGGCGGGAUACACACAGGAUUAUCUGUGCUCUCCGGAGGAAAACGUCUACAACAUCAGCUUCUCCCGCUUCAGAAUCCGAGACCUGGAGCAAGGAUCCGUCAUCCUGGACCUGAAACGACACUGUCCAACAGAAAUUAAAGAUGUGUUGGAAACAGAAGCAGGACGUUUUAUUCAGUAUCAUUUCACACCUUCGUUUCUGAACCUAAAAGAAAUCGGAGCCACGCUGGAGUUUACAGUGGGCAGUAAAGCGGUGAACAGGUUCCGGCUCAUCGAGAGACACUAUUUCAGAGAGCUGCCUCUGAAGACCUUUGAUUUUGAGAUUGGCUUCUGCAUCCCGUACAGCAGGAACACCUGCGAGCACAUCUACAGCCUCCCUGACCUCGACACACACACCAUUGAAGAGAUGAUUGCUCACCCGUUCGAGACUCGGUCUGACAGUUUCUACUUCGCUAACAAUAAGCUGAUUAUGCACCACAAAGCCGAGUACUCCUUCAGGGAGACACGCAGCGAGUGAUCAACCCCCCCUGCUAAAAAAAAUCCUUCUCUUCUACCACUCUGUACUGGAAAUUAAACCGUUUCUCAUCAUGGUUUCCAAUAAGGAUGUAUUUAAUGUCCUUAAUGACUUACAAGCCAGUGUUGUCUAGUAAAAUGCUAUUUAUCAGUGUUUUAAAGUCUCUUUGCAGGAAGUAUUAAAUACAGAAUCAUCCCAGAAGUCCAUUAGGUUUACUGAAGAAACAUUAAACUAGCAACUGUUAUUAUAUCCAUGAGACAUGUCUUCUAAUCAGGCACAGAUCACCUGUUAAACAUUAUAAUACAAAGCCAUGUGGAGAACAUAAACAAACACUGACCGUUAAAUACCACUGUAAUGAGAUCAGCAAUGAGAAAUGCUUAUGAGUGAGGGAAUGAUGUUUAAGUUUUGCAUCAUGGAGCAGUCGGAAAAGAAAAAUAGACUUUUUACUUGUUUAGCAGAUGACUGAUGGAGACAGAUAUAACCGAGUUAAACCAUAUAAACUAUAUUCCCAGUCAGAUAGUUACAGCAUUUUGGCAAGUUCUCUGUGUGUGCAUUAUAUACAAUAAAUAAUCAGAAUUACAC